UUGUCUCUGGCUUGCUCCCCCUCCCUCUACAUGUGUUCAGCUGCUCCAGCUGUCUUCCACUCACUCUCUCUCUCAGGGUGCACCGCUUGGAGCUUUAGGGACCACUUGCCUGUGACCAGCCCGGAGGUCCGACACCAGGGUUCAGACUGACAAAAGACCACGCAGGACUUGUUGAUGCCCAUUGGCUGCACUGAGUCACCUGAUCUGAGCUGCGUGCGUGCGUGUGUUUAUGUGUGUUAUUGUCUCAUCCACUAGCAUAUUAGCAUGCAGGGUGUGUGUGUGUCUGUCUUGUGCGUGUGCAUGCUCCUCCUCCAUAGCGCUACUUCACAGCCGCCCCAAGAAAGUGACACCUACACGGAAUGCACAGAUGGCUAUCACUGGGACCCUCACACGGAGCACUGCAAAGAUAUAAACGAGUGCGAGACCAUUCCGGAUGCCUGCAAGGGGGAGAUGAAAUGCUUCAACCAUUAUGGAGGCUACCUGUGCCUUCCCCGCUCCGCCUCCGUCAUCCCGGCCCCAGAGCCCCCCAUCACGCCCACCGAGGCCUUCAACCCCUGUCCUCUGGGCUACGAGCCGCAGGGAGACAGCUGUGUGGAUGUCGAUGAGUGCCAGCGCGACGAACACGACUGCCAGCCCAGCCAGCAGUGCAUCAACACACUGGGAGCAUUCACCUGUCAGUGCCCCGAUGGCUACCGCAAAGUUGGCACAGAGUGCAUCGACAUCGACGAGUGCAGGUACAGAUACUGUCAGCAUCGCUGCGUCAACGUGCCCGGUUCCUUCUCAUGCCAGUGUGAACCCGGAUUCCAGCUGGCGGGAAACAACCGCUCGUGCAUCGACGUGAACGAGUGUGACAUGGGGGCCCCCUGCUCUCAGCGGUGUUACAACACGUACGGCACCUUCCUGUGUCGCUGCGACCACGGCUACGAGCUGGGCCCGGACGGCUUUGCUUGCAACGAUGUGGACGAGUGCAGCUACUCCAGCUACCUGUGCCAGCACCAGUGCGUCAACGAGCCGGGCAAGUUCUCCUGCGUCUGCCCUGAGGGAUACCGGCUGCAAGGCACGCGACUCUGCCAGGAUGUCAAUGAGUGUGAAACGGGCGAACAUCAGUGCACUGACACACAGACCUGCGUGAAUCUCCAUGGACGCUACCAGUGUGUGGACUCCAACCGCUGCCAGGAACCUUACGUGCAGGUGUCCGAGAAUCGCUGUGUGUGUCCCGCCACCAAGCCCGCCUGCCGUGACCUUCCGUUCUCCAUCGUGCACCGCUACAUGAGCAUCACCUCGGAGCGCUCUGUCCCCUCGGACAUCUUCCAGAUCCAGGCCACCAGCGUGUCCCCGGGGGCUUACAACACCUUCAGGAUCCGCUCGGGCGACGACAACGGCGACUUCUACAUCAGGCAAAUCAACAACAUUAGCGCCAUGCUGGUCCUGGCCCGUGCCGUCUCAGGCCCCAGAGAGUACACGCUGGACCUGGAGAUGGUGUCGGUCAACCCCCUGCUCAGCUACCAGGGAAGCUACCAGAGCAGCUCCGCCCUCAGACUCUCCAUCUACAUUGGGCCGUACACCUUUUAAAGCAGCAGCAGCAGCAGCAGGAAGGAUAGAAGAUAACAAAAACUGUGAUGUCAGCCCAGCUUAUUAAGUGAAAUAUGCAACAUGUUCUUGUAUGUUUAUGUUGUGCUUCCUAGUCAGCAUCAUCCGGCGUGGAUGAGUGGCUGGCUGGCACUCGUGGGUUCAGGGUCGAUAACACACGGCUGUGACAUGUUGCCUUCAGGUGCACUAAUCCCCCCCCCCCACCCUUUUUGUCCUUAUUUCUCUCACCUCAGCGUGCAGAUGCACCAACCACUCGGUUCGAACCUUCACCGUUUCACCUCGUAAGUUUGUCACAUUCACAUUGUCUUUGUACUUUUUUUAACUACAAUAAAACAAUAUACCAUUUAC